AUGGCGUCACGCCCUUCACGUUGGUGCAACCCGACGUUCUCAGCUGGGUCGGUCCGUCGGAAGCCUCACCGACAGAGGGACACCCCCCCCCGCUCCCCUGCACGUACCAAGGUGCCAUUCCCAGCCCCCACGACCCAAAGCAAGCAACCCAGAUCAAGAGAGUCAGUCCAUCGAUACCAGUCCCCCCUCGCCGACCUGCACGCACCCAACCCGAACAACCCCACCAAGCCGACUUCAUUGGCCGCGCUCCGGCGUGCGGGCACCACGGCAGGGUUCUCAAGCCUCUGUGCCUUAUCGGAGCUUCCAACGAGUGCUGGGCGGCAUACGGAAUUGAUGGAAUUUGGUAAGUGA